UGGCAACAAUACGGACGACACCUGUGCAGCUAUAUCGGAUAUGAACAUAUUCCGAUCUGGGUAGGUAGCAAAAUCAUGGCAGGCCUGCAGAAGGCGGAUUCGGGACUUUCAGAAAGCCUUUGAUUCAAUUGAGUGGAAUUUUAUGUUUGAAGUACUGAAAAGAUUGAACUUUGGUGAACAUUUUAUUGAAUGGAUUCACAUCUUAUAUGCAAAUCCAAUCUUCAGAAUGAAAAAUAAUGGAUGGAUAUCUAAAACUUGCAUGAUGCAUAGGGGUAUAAGGCAGGGAUGUCCGGUAUCAGCAAUCUUGUUUCUCUUUGUGGCUGAAAUAUUAGGAAUUUCAAUAAGAAACAAUCCCAGCAUACAUGGGUUUCAAAAAGAAGGAAUGGAAAAAGACAUUAAGAUGAUACAGCAUGCAGAUGAUUCUACCCUUCCAAUGGAAAAAGAAAAGUCUUUAGAGAAGUCCCUCGAGAUGUGGGUAAACUACGACAUCCUAUAUAUUUCAACACCGAAUGGGAAAAAAGACAACACCUGUGUUGAUAUAUUAGAUAAGAAAAUAUCCCGAUCUCUGUAAGCAAACAAUCAUGGCGGGUCUACAAAAGGCUGACUCGGGGUUUGAAGAGGGAUCUGGAGAUAUUGUGGAAAAGCUAAAGAUAAUGCUUGAAGAUUUAGAAAAAAAGUUUUUGAACCGCUUUCAAGUCACCGAUGAAAAACUAGAUACCCUCACACGGCGAGUAUUUAGUCUUGAAAAGAAGAUCAAUGACGAUUAUAGGAAACGGGUCCCAAAUAGCGGCGCCAAGUGUCAUCAUUGUCCCACCACAACAUUUGGUCGCAACAGACCACUGAAGAGGAGCGCUGCAAUCUGGCACAGCGAGGAUGAUCUAGACACCAGCAGCAGCGACGGAUCGUUUAGCAUAAAAAUGGAAGAUCUCCCGAGCGCAUGUGCUAACGUUUACAAAGAUGUUCUAGUUCAAGAACACGAGAACAUUUUGAACGAUGUCGACCUUAACAACACAGAUAUCCUAGACAGAUUGGUCACCGAAGAUGCUCUAACCUCAAGCGAUAUUGAGGAUAUUCAAAGGCAGGGAGGAAGAAGAGAUCAAACUAGAAGCCUUCUCCUGAAGUUGGAGCAGCGUGGUCAUGACACCUUUCUAAGUUUUGUUGACGCCAUAGAAAGAGACUAUAAUUAUCUCCAUACGUCAUUGAAAAGGUCCCUCAGUAUUAUGUGCAAAGAAAAGAAAGACGGGCGAAUACAAUGUACCGUGUGUAGAAUCAUUGAAAACGUACACCCUCGUGUAAUCAUUGACAAAUGUUAUCAUCAAAAGAUCAUCACUGCGAAGGUCUUGAAUGAUAUAAACCAGUGUGGCGAUCCCAGGCAGGGCUGGGAACAGCUGAAACCCCAAAUCAAAAACGGAGAGGCUAUCGGGGUUCUGGCCGAUUCACUUCUACCAAAAUUCAAAAGUCUGUCCUGUGAACUACGCAAAAUGAAAGACAUGUCGAGACUUGUUUGCUUUUGCAAAAGAUUGAGCGCUAAGCGAAAGCUGGAGGAAGCCAACAAGCAGAAACAAGUGCCGGCAUCCCCUGUAGAACACAGUUAUAAUCCAUUCCUCAAUGAAAGGGACACGGGGAGUGACGAUUCUUCCUGGUAUGUUAAAACAGACCCGGGAAAUGUUUUGGGAUCAGUGGAAUAUUUGGGCAGAUUCGGUGAUACAGGGUUCAGAGAGAGAUUUCAUAGACAAGCAAUCAAGAAAAAAGACCUCAAAGGAAAACACCAGGAACAAAAGUAAAACAUCCAUCGACCUCAGUCUGUUUUACGUCGAAAUGCAGUAAAUGUUUGGUUUUUUUAAGUAUAGGAGAUCAUCCAAAUAUUGAUGAAAAAUGACAAUACAAAAAUGUUUAACAAUAUGAAUAAUGAAUAUGUCACUCAAGGAAAGACAUUUUUUUUCUCUAACAAAAGUAGCUUUUAGUAAAACUGAUUUUCAAUACGGAAAUAUUUGUAAGAUCUCGAGGUAACAUAACCGAACUACAUUUGUAUGUUUACUCUGAUAUAAAAUAGCUUAAUGCAUGUUACUAUUUCAACAUUUCAAAUGUUUUACCUUUAUGUGUCAGAGUGGACGUGAAAUUGUUUACAAUACCACGAUCAAUGUCGAGAUACGCACCGUUACACGAUCUUUCAUAAUGUUUUUUAUUUGCUUAUUGUGUUCUUACAAACCUUUUAAACAAUACAUUUUUCUAUCUACACGCAAGUCCAAAUCCCUUAUGCAUUUCAAUGCUUGGGUAUAAUUACUUUGCUUCGCACGCUGUAACUAAUACGAGGAUGCCAGGUAGAGAUCCACGAAUUGUUUUCUUUUCAUGCUGUAUUUCGGUAUAUCACUGGACGCUGUUACUUACAAUCACUUUAUUUCGGUAUAUUACUGGACGCUGUUAGAUACAAUCACUUUAUUUCGGUAUACAUGUAAUUACUGGACGCUGUUAGAUACAAUCACUUU